AUGAGUUAUCAACAACCGGACAUGUAUCACGACAAUCCCUCCGCGCGCUCCCCUGGCUCCCAGCGGCAUCAACAACCUCUCCAUCGUCAGUCUUCCCGCCAGUUCGACGCAUACGGCCCCAUGCCCGUCAAUCUCUACGAGGACCAAAUGGGCCGCUACGACACCGCCCGGAUGGAGCGCUUGAAUCCGUCGCUGCAGAACAACUCGUACGGCUACGACAUUUCGGGGUCGCAGACGUGGAAUCCGAACGGUUUUGCCAAUGCACAGACCCUGGGUGGCAUCCGGUCGUCUUCGGCCAGCCUGAAGCCCUCGGCCCGGGGCCGGACCGGUCUGCCGACUGUAAGUGACUUGUUCCUGUCGAACAACCGCGAAGAGCAACAGCUAACAGAUGUGGGACAGACUUGGCUCGACCAGCAGCCCGGCAUGUCUCCUGCCUUCUCCAACCUGGGCCCGGGGCCGAUUCAAAGCAGCGCCAUGCGCCCGGAACCAUCCGCUUCGUCAGAGGGCGAUGACGAACUGAUUCCGACCGCGAUUGUCAUCAAGAACAUUCCCUUUGCCGUCAAGAAGGAACAGCUGGUGCAGUUAAUGACGGAGCUGAACCUGCCCUUGCCCUACGCGUUCAACUACCAUUUUGACAACGGCGUGUUCCGCGGUCUGGCCUUCGCCAACUUCACCUCGGCCGAGGAGACGGCGACGGUAAUUGAGGUGCUGAAUCAUUUUGAGUUGCAGGGCCGGAAACUGCGGGUGGAGUACAAGAAGAUGCUGCCCCUCCAGGAACGGGAACGGAUCGAGCGUGAGAAGCGAGAGCGCCGCGGUCAGCUCGAGGAGCAGCACCGCCCGAUGCCCUCGUCCCAGCUCCAGACGCAGAGUUCCAUGUCCUCGCUUGCGUCGCACAUCCCCGCGACCUCACCAUCACCCGUUUCGCAACGCGGACAGAAACUUGAUGUGGAUUUGAACGAUAGCGCGACUCUUUCCUACUACUCCCAGCUCCUUUUAUUCAAGGAAGACACCAGCCGUGACUCCGUGCUCUUCCCGCCCAACCUUUCACCCGUCCAGCGGCGCACGGUGCACACCCUGGCCCACAACAUGGGGUUGGCCCAUGCCUCCCGCGGUAGCGGCGAACAGCGUCAAGUUCAGGUUUUCAAAGUCGCUCCUGGCACCAAUGUGAGUCCGCCCUUGUCAUCCAUCCCGCCAGCCCAGUCGGCCGACAGCGGUCGCCGCGGACUGAACCGGGCGGCCACGAUCGACUUCAGCGAGGCUCGUAAUGAGGGAGCACAUGGCUCCUUCAACGCCCUCCGCGGCCAGACCUCCGGCUUCCUUGGUGUCUUGGACUCGCCUGGUAACUUUGCGAACACGCAGAACCUGCGAGCUGCCAAGUCCUUUGCGGAUCUGCGUUCCUAUACUCCCUCGCCCGUUCCCUCCUCCGCCAGCUUCCCCGCUGCCCUGCAAUCCAACGGAGCGCGCCUACAGUACGAGGGCGCCCCCAGCGGGACCUCCAACACUCCGACCCUUACCUCUGCACCGUCAGGCUCUUCUCUGGGCAUGCAACGCGAUGACAACCUGCUGGUCAACAGCCUGGGCGGUCUUUCCCUGGGAACUGGGAUCGGUGGGCCGAACUCCAGCCCCCGGCGACUGAGGGGAAUGUUCUCUUGGGAACAGGAGAACCAGGCUACCAACGCCGGCGCCAUCGGCAGCAACCGCGGCAUGGGCAUGGGAUACGACGGUGCGCAGCAGGAGCGCAUGCCCAUUCGCCAACCCCGUGGACCGACUCCCGACAAAAGCACUGGUUUUCGCCGCCAGAAUGGCCACCAAUCCCGCGGCAGCGAUGAACUCCGGGCCAGCUCCGGAGUAGAGAUCAUUGUGGAGUAG